ACCCACAACGAUACUGUACCAAAAAGAAACAAAUCCCCGCUGUGUCCCGUCAAAUUAUCCGUAACAUAUGAAAGCAACCGGUUUUACUACAGCUCCCGAGUAUUUACGGCAGCCGGUUGCCAUAACGUCUAAGAACAUGGCAGAAGCAGCGCAGGGUCCCGGUGCUGGUCUGAGUGCAGAGGAUGUAUUAAGGGCAAGCCAGGAGAAUCCCGCACCGGGGGCAGAGAGUGGGACACCGGGAGGAGCUGCCCGGAACAAAGCCGUGUGUCUGAUUGUGCUGGGCAUGGCGGGCUCCGGAAAAACUACCUUCGUUCAGAGGCUGACGGCUCAUCUUCACUCACAGAAAUCUCCUCCGUACGUCAUCAACUUGGACCCUGCUGUCCAUGAGGUCCCCUUCCCUGCAAACAUUGACAUCAGGGACACUGUGAACUAUAAGGAGGUGAUGAAGCAGUACGGACUCGGUCCAAACGGAGGCAUUGUGACAUCCCUCAACCUGUUUGCUACACGCUUCGAUCAGGUGAUGCAGUUUAUAGAAAAGAAACAGCACAAUCACCGGUAUGUGCUGAUUGACACCCCGGGUCAGAUUGAAGUCUUCACCUGGUCGGCAUCUGGAACUAUCAUUACAGAGGCUCUGGCGUCAUCCUUUCCUUGUGUGGUGAUCUACGUCAUGGACACGUCCCGCAGCGUCAACCCUGUGACCUUCAUGUCCAACAUGCUCUACGCUUGCAGCAUCCUCUACAAGACUAAACUGCCUUUCAUCGUCGUCAUGAACAAGACGGAUAUCAUUGACCACAGUUUUGCAGUGGAAUGGAUGCACGACUUUGAGGUUUUCCAGGAUGCACUGAACCAGGAAACCUCGUAUGUGAGCAACCUGACUCGCUCCAUGAGUCUGGUGCUGGAUGAGUUCUACACUAACCUCAGGGUGGUGGGUGUGUCUGCAGUGACAGGAAGUGGAAUGGAUGAGCUCUUCCUUCAGGUGGAGGAUGCUGCUGAGGAGUAUGAAAGAGAGUACCGCCCCGAAUAUGAACGACUCCACAAACAGCUGGCAGAGGCUCAGAGCAAGAAGCAGCAGGAGCAACUGGAGCGGCUGAGGAAGGACCUCGGAGCUGUGGACAUGACAAACACACCUUCCACAGAGGACACAGCCAUUGCUGGACCAAGUGACCUCAUCAUGACCCGUGGUAACCUUGACGAUGGCGAAGAGGAGGAAGUGGACAGCGACACAGACGACAUCGACCACACAGUAACGGAGGAGAGCAAGGAGCACGAGGCCUUUGGGAACUUCCUGAAGGAGAGAAAGGAGGUGCUUCAGGUCCGCAACAGAAAGAGUAACACUGACCUUUGACCUCUACACCCAACUCCUGUCUCUACGUGGUUACAAGAAGAGGAUGGAGCAAGAGAAACUCUGGACGUAGAGUAAAUUCUUCCAUCACUGAAGUUCAGAUAUGAGAAGAAACUAAACGCAGUGUGGCCAGCUCCCCUCUGACCAUUAGUGAAGCUGGUUGGCUGCUGUUCAGUGUCACCUCGUCUUUAACACAAAGUUUUAUUUUUAUAAAAGACUUCUAUUAUUUUCGGCUGAUGUUGACUGUGACUGUUUGUGAAAAGCACUGAGGCGAUUUAUCCUAAAUAAAACCAAGCUUUUAGUUUGAAGCUGGUUGUAGUUUACAGUUUAAUGAACUAUAGAUUCUCUAAAUGUGUUGGACUCAAGCGAACGCUGUACAUUCACCACAAACCAACUCUCCUGUCUAGACCGCUUACUCGUCCACAAGUUGUAAAUUUAUUCAUGCAUGUUUGUGUUUGUUUAGAUUAAUAUGCGUCUUCCCAUAAGUAUAAAAUGUGCAUCAGAGGACAUAAAGUCCUGGACAGAACUCUUGAUUCAGUGCAUGACAUUUGGAUGAUGAGCAGUAGUUUCUUACUGAUCAGCCUGUGCUGAAAGCAGGACUGUAAAAACUCCUGAUUUCAUUCAUGCCUCUGCUCAGUGAAUGGACUAGGAUUCGCCGCCUGUCGACCAUCUGCCAUGUCGCUGUGUUCUGUCGCCUACGUGCACUCAAAGCUGGCAGCGUGGUCGGAUGAAAGCGCAGCUGAGUCACUUUCCACGCGCUUCUUUCAUCCUGUGUGAAAAGACAGAACGCGUGCCUUCAUAACCAGGCAGCGUGCCGUUAGAGACUGAAUGUUUGUCCGCGCCAUCGCUGCAAACCGUCCGUCAUUUUACAGUUCACGCAGAAGAAUCAGGAAAAUGCAAAUUAAAUAAAUUUAAACACUUGA